GCCUUACCAGUUAGACUCCAGCAUUGCCCCAGAGGAGACCCUCCGAUCCCUGUUCUGUACGAUCCAACAUUCCUGAACACAACUCACACCUCUCUGCUGGUUGUCAAAAACCCUGAACCGACGCGAGCCUCCCGUUUCACUGUCACCGUGCUCAACGGCUCAGACGGCAAAAGAGUCCAAUUGGUCCUCAAGAGCACAGACACCAUCGGCAAACUUCAGAAGAGUUUCCUACUGAAGCGGCCUGACCUGACGGGAAGCCUGAACCUCGCCUACAACGGCAAGCCCGUCCAGGGGCACCAGAGCCUGGGAGAGCUGGGGGUGAAGGAUGGGGCUACCUUCAUCACCUUUCAGAGGUGUCCUGGAGGGUAGAUGUGGAGUUGACGUUGAGCAGUAGAUGUGGAGGAGGGCUGUUUCCGUUGAUCUAUCCCUUGGUACGCAAUAAUAUACAAACAACAAUUGCACUAGCCAUAUCACGUUUUCUUUUUGCACAACGUAGUAGAUUCUUUAUUGAUUAGAAUACCAAUCAAAGUGAUGCUGUAGCCUACUGAGGGAGAAUGCAUAAUUGAUGUCAAACCAUCUCAGUCCUUUCUUUAUGUUAAAGUAACUGUCCAGUGUUUCCAUACUUACAAUAUAAGUGAAAGAGUUUUCCUUCCAAAAUGGUUUAAUUAAGUAUGUUAAAAAGCAGCUUUUCUGUGUUGGAAUAGUGUGGGCGUACACCAACAACAGAAUGGUGUUGGCGUAUGCCGGUCAUUAAAAAUAUUCAUGCUGGUAGACCGCUGAUUGGCCAGCUCAUCCUCCUCAGGGAGAUUACAUAAUUUCUUAUUAGGAAAUAGCAAGAGUUUUUUAAACGGCCUGUUUGAGAUACAAGUUUGAGGUGGGGUUUUUAAAGUGUUUUUUCAUCAGUUUAUGCUUUGGCCACAAAUACAAGUACAAGACAAAUCAACAAUAUUAUUUAGAUAUGAGUUAAGAGAAUAUGAACUUUUAAAAGUGAGAUUUUCACUGGGCAGUUACUUUAACUCCACCAGGCAAUGCCAGAAGAGGACUGGCCACCCCUCAGAGCCUGGUUCCGCUCUAGGUUCCUUCCUAGGUUUCUGCCUUCCUAGGGAGUUUUUCCUAGCCACUUUGUUUCUACAUCUGAAUUGCUUGCUGUUUGGGGUUUUAUGCUGGGUUUCUGUAGAAGCACUUUGUGGCAUCUCCUGGAAUAAUAAUAGUUUCAUAAAUAAAUUUGAUUGACUGAUUUAACUGUCUUUUUUAGCUCUUGCCUGGUACUAGCUAACAAAGUGAACUAUAAUCCGGUCACCAAUCAGUGUGAGGUAGUUCACCAUGUUAAAUGUACCGUUUGUGAGGUUUUAUUGAUAAUUUUGAUAUACCAUUGUUGUUUAUUAAGAGUAGGCUACUACUGUAUCUGAAAUAGCUUAGUACUGAUUUCUAACUUUAUGGUAAAAAAAAAAUAUUUUUGCACUGGGAUUAUGUUUUCAAUGACAACCAAAAAGACUAGCCAAUCAGGAGGAUGAUAAACUAAAUAAAUCAUGUUUAAACAUAUUUGUAUUUCUUUUAUCUGCAUAAAUGGACAUUGUAUUCACACUUAAAUAAACACCUACAUUUUUUCAAGUGUAUGCCAUCUGUGUCUGGUGACAUUUUCAGGAUAAAACAUUGGCCAAUAACUGGUUAAGAAAAAUAAAUUAACCACACUUGUUGCCACAUCGACCUGAGCUAGCAUAUGUGCUGCACAAAUCGAAUGAUCUAUUGAUGCUCACUCAUUUGGUUGUCACCUGUUCAGUAGAAGGACAGUCUUCAUGGAAAUCACCUGACGAAGAGGACGGGGCUGGCUAUACUCCAGGAAGUGGCUUGGCCAAAAGUACCAACAAUAAAGUGUGGUAGGGGAUUCCCUUUGGCUUAGAUUUCCCCCUGCAGAUUACAGGUAUAAAAUAAAUCCUUAUCUUCAAAGGAACAGAACAAGAAACAUAUAUGUUUGAGAAGAGUUGUUAUCACAUACUGACCACCAGUAAUAAUGACAAAUGCACUCCAAUGGCCAAAGGUAUAGGUGCUGAGGUUUAACAUUUGAGAUGAAAUUGUUUGCAGUUUGCUCCAUGCAGCACAGGAGAAGCCUACUUCUGCAAUGCCUUUCAUAGAUUUUGAAACUGUAGUGGUUGCUACGUUUAUGUGGAUUUUUUCGCUGUUACCAUUAUUUGACAAAUAAUGCAGCACAGAGACAUUUAAGCCUACUUAGUAAUAAUGCAGCACAGAGACAUUUAAGCCUACUUAGUAUUGAGUCGAGGUUAGGACUAGUGUUACCCCAGACACUUGUCGAUAACAGUUUUGAUCGAAUAGGAAUAAACUUAACAAUUACAUUAGUUCAACCUAAACUUGUGUUAUCAAAGAAAUGACGGCUGGAAAUGCAGUGGUUUUUGUUACUAAAAGUAAUGUGACCUCUUCAUCUCUUUCACUUUCUCAGGCAAACACACGCACGCACACACAGUCAAGGUCCUUUCACAAAUUUGUUUCACAUUAUCAUACUGAUGCAUUAAACUGUUGCAUACCACUCCCAAUAAUCCUUCUCAACUGUUCUGCAUUGUUAUGGAGGUUUGUGUUGAAUAUAAUUUCUUUACUCACAACAACUUGGCAGUAAUGUUUAUCUUGUUGCUCUGUUCCUCGUUCAGGUUGUUGCCAGACCGUUAUUAAUUGAUGGUUGUUGCCUAUCUGAUGGGACUGGUACCAGGACUCCGGACAGUCAAUGUAAACCACUUGACAAAUAGGAUCAUGCUGGCUACACUCCAGAUAGGGGAAUUGUGGCCAAACAGGCAAAAACAUUGAAAAUUGGGAUCCAGAGUCCUCCCCCUUGCUUCAGCAACUUUUGGACAUCCUCCAGAGAUUCACAGUAUAAGUAACAGCCACACACACUCAAAGGUUUAGGAGUCUUCUUCACAAACCCUCUGCAAAAUGGCAACGGCACAGCUGCAAUCGCUAACGGUAAGGCUUUUAUUUUAUUAUUUUAUACACUAUUAUCUGUAGUUUUCUCCAUGCACCAGUACUUCCACAAUGUAAUGUCACAGAUUUGGAAGCUGUCAUGGUUGGUAACUUGGUAUUGUUAAAAUUGUUGAUAUCUAUUGGUCAUCAAAAAACAAAAUGUUGUGCCUAAAUACAUUUGCAAAAGUAAAAUGUGUGGAGGGAGUAUUCAUGGUAUCCACUCCACUGAUAAAUGACUGACUUCAACAGGCAAUUUAACAAAAGUGCAUUGCAAGAAAGAAACAAAUCUUCGGCACAUUCCAUUUUGUAUCUCUUGCAUUUUUUUAAACAUAGCAAAAGGUAUGUUUAUUGAUGCAGUGUUUCCCAAAAGGGACGACGAGGAUUAACUGACUUGAGAAAGCCUAUUUUUUCAGCAUCUCACUCUCCUAUUUCACACUCUCUCAUUCUCUCUCUCUCCCUACCUUCCUCAUCCCCCUUCCUCUCUCUCUUUAUUUCUCUCCAUCCCAGGCCUUCCUUUUUAGACUCCAUGAUAGACCCAGUGAAGAUCCUCCGAUCCCGGUUCCGUACAAUCCAAUAUUCUUGAACACAUCUCACACCUCUCUGCUGGUUGUCAAAGACCCUUAACCGACCCUAGCCUCCGAUGUAACUGUCACCGUGGUCAACGGCUCAGACAGCAAAAGCGUACAAUUGGUCCUCGAGCACAGACACCAUCGGCAAACUUCAGAGGAGUUUCCUACUGAAGCGACCUGACCUGACGGGAAGCCUGAACCUCGCCUACAACGGCAAGCCCGUCCAGGGGCACCAGAGCCUGGGAGAGCUGGGGGUGAAGAAUGGGGCUACCUUCAUCACCUUUCAGAGUUGUCCUGGAGGGUAG